AUGAGUGUGAACAGAGAAACGCUUCAGCCCGGUGAUAUCUCCUUGCCAUCAGCGGCAGUGGCAGAUCCGAUAUCUUGUACCAUCCACACUGAAGCCAUGGAUGUGAAUGGGGACCAGAGGCUCCCGGGCAAUGACCUCGCUCCCUACUCCUGCCCGGCAAGCCGGGACAGGCCAGGGGACACGCAGGGCAUCUCUGCUCAAGAGGCAGUGGUCGUGGUCCCUGCCCCAACCAGCAACAAUAGGACCACCUCGUUCUCGGUCCUGGACAUUUUGGACCCCAACAAAUUUAACAGCAGCAAGCGCCGGCAGUGCAGCAUUCUCUACAGAGCGGCCAGCGAGUACACAGGAGCAGCGGCGGGGGAGAGAGCUGCCGAUGCUUUCUGCCAAAUUGCAGACCAGAAAACGCUAAGUGAUAGCGGUUUGCACACAUGCAAGAAGUCCGCUGACAUAAUCAGUAAGUAUAUCGAGAGCCAGCAGCAGCAGCAGCAGCAAUGUCAGCAGCAGCAGCAGCAGGGUCAGAGUCAGCAACAGCACAGGAGCAAGAGAAAGCGCAGCGGCUCGGACGCCAAGUCUGGCAAACCCCGGAGGGCCCGCACUGCCUUCACCUACGAGCAGCUGGUGGCCCUGGAGAACAAGUUCAAGUCGACCCGCUACCUGUCGGUGUGCGAGCGCCUCAACCUGGCCCUGUCCCUGAGCCUGACCGAGACCCAGGUCAAGAUCUGGUUCCAGAACCGGCGGACUAAGUGGAAGAAGCAGAACCCCGGCGCAGACACCAGCGCUCCUACCGGCGGAGGAGGGGCGGGAGCUGGGGCCGGAGCCGGGGCUGGAGGGCCAGUGGGUGGAGGUGGUGGAGCAGGAGGGGCUGGAGGACCGAGCUUGGGCGGCCCGGCCGGGGCUCACCUCGGGGGUCUCAGCCCCAUCAGCUCGUCGUCUCCGGUCGGCGGGCCGCUCUCGGUGCACUCGGCGUACCCCGGACCCGGUGGAUUGGUGUGCGCCACCCAGUUACCCUUCCUGCCCUCUCCUGCCGCCGUGCUCUCCCCCUUCAUGCUGAGUUCGCAGACUUACGGGGCCCCGGCUUUCUACGCGCCGCAUUUACAAUAA